GCCUUGCCCCCUCUUUUGAUCAUUCAUAUAAAAGCCACUGAAAGGGUUUGUGAUUUUAUUCACCUUCUGACUGACCAAAGAUGGAACUGAAAAUCUUCAUUGUUCUCUUCUGCGCUCUUUUCACUGGAGGACAUUCACUCCAAUGUUAUGAGUGUUUAGGUAUAAUGGGUUCCUGUGAAAGCAAAGAGACGACGUGUCCGGACACUGCCACUGCCACAUGUGCAAGUGCAACAGUUGUACAAACCACUGGUGGCACUGAAGUUAAAAUGCAGUCUAAGGGUUGUACAGUGAAGGAGGGUUGUAUAAGUGCAUCUGUUAACUUCGGAGUUGCAAGGACAGUUACAUCUACACAAUGCUGUAACACAGACCGGUGUAAUAGCAAUGACGCCCCAGUUUACGGCUCUAACAGCCCCAAUGGAAAACAAUGUUACUACUGUGAUGGGAAGAGUUGCUUCAACAAAUUAAACUGUUUAGGAGAUGAAGACUACUGCCUUAAAGCUACAGGCGAGACUAGGUUUACCAAACAGGCUAAGGCUUGUGACGUGAAACAGAACUGCGUAAAUGGAUCCAUUAACUUUGGUCUUGGAAGUACAGGUUUUUCCAUGCAGUGCUGUAACACAGAUCUCUGUAACAGCAAAGAUGUCCCAGAUUACAACUCUUACAGCCCCAAUGGAAAACAAUGUUACUACUGCGAUGAUACGAGUUGCUUGAACAAAUUAAACUGUUUAGGAUCUGAAGACUCUUGCAUUACAGCAAAAGUAACAGCUUCUCAGACUGUAAAAGGAUGUAUCACUAAAACUAUCUGUGAUUCAGCAUCACAAGCAUCACAAGGUUUUAAGGACUUCACUUGUUGUCAGGGGAAUCUGUGUAACGGUGCUAAGAGCAUCACACAGAAUCUCCUCUUUCUCUCGUGGCCGUUCUUCUUCUACAUCCUGAUCCAUUAAAUUCAGCAGAACUUCACAGCAUAAAUGUGAGAUAUUGUUGUCGGAUUAGUAAAAUAAAGAGUAACUUUUAUGCAAUGCUUUAUUCAAUAUACUGUAACUUAAUUUUCGUUGUAUUUUUUGUAGUUAUUGUUAGAAAAAAUAAACUGGAAACAAGAAGAAGAUGAAAUAAUAUGUUACCACUCCACUACACUUCUUUCUAAUUUUUUGACAAAAUGUAAUGAUAUUGUAAUGGAAAAAAGUUUCUUAGUUCAUGUGCAUUAACACAUGUUAAUAUGAUGCUCGAACUGAUUUUGCCAAGUGGUUGAUGUCCUCAGGGCAACAUAUUGUAUUGACCCAAGGACAACAUUUUUCUAAAUUAAACCUAAACCCACCCCAAACCCCAACCCUAACCAUAACCAAACCCUAAAAUCAGAGGGACAUGAUAAGUGAAAAACAAUGGGCUAGAAACAGCUAAUCCUGGUUGUAAGCUUAAAUUUAAAACAAACUGUAAACUUAUUUCUGAAAUCUGAUUGGAUGAUUGAAAUGUUGUCCCAGAGUCAACAUAAUGUUGCCCUGAGGACAUCAACCACUUGGCAAAAUCAGGAGAGCCUUAAUGCGAUAUUGAAAUGUAUUCAUUAAUGCUGAUAUUAAUUAACAUUUACUAUGAUUAAUAAAUGUUAUAGAA